AUGAAGAGUACAGACUGCAAUGUGAAUGGCAGUCAACAGCCAACACUUGUGAGAUCACAAUUAGAUGACCCUGCAAGGAACCUCCAGCAGAGGUCUCAGCCUGGAAAGGACAUUGAUGAGGUUUAUCUCACUGAUGUACCACAGCUUCCAUCAGAACAUAACUGCCACCAAACCCCUGAAUGUGACAAUGGAACACCUGUGGUACAUCACCCGACAGAGCAUCUACAGCUGCAAGCUCAGACGGUGAAGGUAUAUGAUGACCUUCCUUUCUCUCCUACUCCAACACUUCAGUCAGGACAUGGCUGCAGCAGGAGUUCUGAAUGUGACACAACUAAGGGAUUUCACAGAGAGAAAGAAAUGCACAAAUGUGCUGAAUGCAGUAAAGCUUUCACAUGUGCCAAUAACCUGAAAAAGCAUCAAGCCAUUCACACAGGAUUGAAACGAUAUAAGUGUACUGAAUGUGGCAAGUCUUACAUAUGGGCCUAUAGCCUAAAAAUUCAUCAAGCCAUUCAUACUGGAGCAAAACCAUAUAAAUGUACCGAAUGCAGUAAGUGUUUCAGAAAUCGCAGCAGUUUUCAACGGCAUUUUGUCAUUCACACAGGACUGAAACCAUAUAUAUGUACCAAAUGUGAUCAGUCUUUCAAAUGGACCAGUAGCCUAAAACGUCAUCAAACCAUUCACACAGGAUUGAAACCACAUAAAUGUACUGAAUGCAGUAAGUCUUUCACAUGUGCCAGGAACCUGAAAACUCAUCAAGCCAUUCACACAGGAUUGAAACCACAUAAAUGUACUGAAUGCAGCAAGUCUUUCACACGUGCCAGUUACCUGAAAUGUCAUCAAGUCAUUCAUACUGGAGCAAAACUCCAAAAAAAAAAUAUUAAAGACAGAUGUGAUAAAAGCAAUGCACAGUAUUAGAAUAGACCACGAUAUAUUAGGCACUAUUGGAGAUAACAAACUAAAAAUUUCAAAACAGACGGAAAGACUCAGAAGAUACGAAGAUAAA